AUGGUACUAUAUCUUUCUUUUUUUCUGAGCGGCGGCAAGGACAAGAAGCUGGGUACCGGCUUCAUCGUGCGGGGCAAGAUGCAGGAUCGCGUGUUCGGCUUCACGCAAUCAGCGAGCGGAUGUGCAAAAAAGACCGAUGAUGAGAAGGAAGCAUUCUACGCGACGCUGGAGCAGGUGUACGACGGCUGUCCGCGGCAGGAUGUAAGGAUCAUCAUUGGGGACAUGAACGCUCGGUUCGGAAGGGAGGAAAUGUUUCGACCGACAAUAGGCCCAGAAAGUCUACAUGCGGCCACGAACGACAACGGCCAACGCUGCAUCGACUUUGCAGCCUCCCGUGGAAUGGUGGUCAGGAUCACCUAUUUUCCUCGCAAGGACAUCCACAAAGCCACCUGGACAUCACCUGACCAACGGACGAAAACGCAAAUCGACCACGUCCUGAUCGACGGCCGAUUCUUCUCGGAUGUAACACACGUGCGCACCUUUCGCGGUGCGAAUAUUGACUCGGACCACUACCUAGUUGGAGUGGACAUGCGCUCAAAGCUGUCGACGGUGUUCAACCAACGCCGAAGCCGGUGGACCCCUCCGUUCAACACCGCGUGUCUCCAGAACGGGGAAGUGGCCCACAGUUACGCGCAGCAGCUGGAAGCGAAUCUGCCAGAUGAGGAGGAACUUGGCGCAGCCUCGCUCGAAGAUGGUUGGAGCCGUAUUCGCUCAGCCAUCGGCAGUACAGAGGAAGCCACACUGGGUAGUGUGAUCCGAGUCAGUCGGAAUGAUUGGUACGACGACGAGUGCCAACAGAUUACCGCCGAGAAGAAGCUGCGCAAGGCGACGAGAGGGAACGUGGAACGAUACCGGGAGGCUCGGAAUCGGCAGGUCGCGGUCUUCAAGCUUAAGAAGCGCCAGCAAGAAGACCGAUAUUGCGCGGAAAUGGAGCAGCUAUUCCGAGCAAACGAAACGCGGAAGUUUUACGAAAAGGUGAACCGGUCCCGCAACAAGCAGCACUUCAACAAGAACCUUAACGGCGAUGAAGCGGACGGAGACGGCGUUGGAGUCAACCUUGGAGCGCCCGCAGCUGACGAACAGUUCCCGGCGCCUGAUCUAGAGACGGUGAAGAGGGAGAUCAGGAAGCUGAAGAACAACAGAGCUGCUGGCAAGUAUCGGUUACCCGCGGCUCCGUUGAAAACCGAACGGCUCACACUGGAUAGACCCAAUCACGACAACCGAGCCUAG